GAUUUGGAAACAACAGGGUUAGAGCGUACUUCUCGCAUUAUUCAGAUAGCUGCAGUGCAUACAACUGGUCAGUUUUCAACAUAUGUGAUGCCAGAGAAGAAGAUGUCAUUGAAAGCAUCAGAAAUAACUGGAGUGACUGUUGUUGGCGAGUCUUUGCUUGUCACGGGACAAACAUUUACAGCUGUCCCAAUCAAAUCUGCAUUGACAAGUUUUAUAACAUUCUUACAGAAAUGUUCACCAGUUAUUUUAGUUGGGCAUUAUAUAGAGUCUUUUGAUUGUAAAGUGUUGCUCCAUGCUAUCCAUUCUUGUGGAAAAAUUGUUGCUUCCAACAUCAAAUCCUUGCAAACAAUGAUUGAUAAAAAAAUUAUGAGUCAAGGUGUUGCAAGGAAAGUUGCAGGAAGUGGAUUGCAACUUAAACAUUUGAGAACUGUAUCAAAAAGAAACGGACUGAGUGGUUUAAGGAGCCUCCUGUCAGAGGUUACAAACGGACAAAUAAGAGUAACAAAAUCAGAGAAAAUAAUAUGUGCAAUAGCGAGUUAUUUGUUGCCGGAUAUCUAACCAAUUGUAAUUUUCAUCUUGUACAUAGUUUAGCUCUGAAAUCGAAUAGCUGUUACAUAAUUUGUUUUGCUUCUCAAUGACAAACAUAGUUAUGAUUCUUAUGUCAGUUGUAUUUCUCAUGUUUCACCUAAGUUGUAAGAAAUUUUUGGCAAUGCAUUAAACCACAGAUGGUUAAACAGUUGAAACAUUAU